AUGGUUCUGGUCCAUCACUGGAAGCUGCUGGUGGAGGCAAGAAGACACAGCAGAGACCAGAUCAGAGACCAGAUCAGAGACCAGAUCAGAGACCAGAUUAGAGACCAGAUCAGAGACCAGAUCAGAGACCACAGAGACCUGAUCAGAGACCAGAUCAGAGACCAGAUCAGAGACCUGAUCAGAGACCAGAUCAGAGACCAGAUCAGAGACCAGAUCAGAGACCAGAUCAGAGACCUGAUCAGAGACCUGAUCAGAGACCAGAUCAGAGACCUGAUCAGAGACCAGAUCAGAGACCAGAUCAGAGACCUGAUCAGAGACCAGAUCAGAGACCUGAUCAGAGACCAGAUCAGAGACCUGAUCAGAGACCUGCUCAGAGACCUGAUCAGAGACCAGAUCAAAGACCUGAUCAGAGACCAGAUCAGAGACCUGAUCAAAUACCAGAUCAAAUACCAGAUCAGAGACCUGAUCAGAGACCAGAUUAGAGACCAGAUCAGAGACCUGAUCAAAUACCAGAUCAGAGACCUGAUCAGAGACCAGAUCAGAGACCAGAUCAGAGACCAGAUCAGAGACCAGAUCAGAGACCUGAUCAGAGACCUGAUCAGAGACCUGAUCAGAGACCUGAUCAGAGACCAGAUCAGAUACCUGAUCAGAGACCUGAUCAGAGACCAGAUCAUCUAA